CUGUUGAUAAGAGAUGAUAUUGUUUUCUGCAUAUUAUCUAUAUUUUAAAAGAAGGAUACUAUAAAUGUGAAUUUUUCUCAUGAAAAAUGGAUUAAGUACGCAAAAAUUCUACAUGUUUUAAUAAUUUUAGGCCCCUGUCUAUAACUGGAACUUGGAAGCAGUACAAUGAUUAAUAGUGUUUCUCUUGGUUCAUUUUGUUAUUGUUAUCAAUAAUUAGAAUUUAGAAUGAUUUAUCGCCAGGAUUGAAUCAAUACCUACCCAUAGAUCAACUCAAGAAUACCUACAUCAUGAAUGAAACCGAAUCCAAUGUGUACGAUCUGGUAUAUCCCAGCCCUGUCACUUUGAAAGAAAUCUCAUCCAUCGUAGUUGCUGUGCAAUUAUGGCGUAAAGAAAUCUGCCCACAUAUAGAAAAGGAACGUCGAAAAUUAAAUGUGAAGUUGAAUUUGAAAGAAAACGACAUUCGAUUGAGAAACGUGAUUCCCAAUUUGCCAUCUGCGAUUUACGAUUACCUGGAGGAGUACGUCGAAAUAUUUAGAGUGUCAAUCCUGCGAUGGCUGAAUUAUCAUCGUGAGAAUAUAUUCACCAGCUGUGAUUAUGGUAGUCUAAAAAACAUUUUGAUCCGUUUCCAUGAUUUUUCAUGGGACUGGAAUGGCACCAUUCACUAUGCGCGCACAGCCAAACGGAUGAUAUUGUGCGAUCAAUUCGAUGAAGAUGAGAAAUUCAAGAUCGCUUGUUUGUACUGCUUCGAAGACGAUAUCAAACGGAUUUGGCCAUCUGUCAGCUCGAAUAUGGAUUGGAGUAGUAUCGAUUUUGAUCAUUUUCCACAAUUGUUCUACUGGAUUUGCUUUCUUAGAAACGAACUAGACAAGGUACCCAAUCCACGAAAUGUAUCUAUAGACGAGGCGAUGCUUUAUAAAUGCAAAUCACAAUCGGUUAACGAUUCGUUUGUGAAGUAUUUUUGGGAUCGUAUACCCUUUGAUAAACAGGCACAAAUAGUUAUAGAAAGGUAUGUUACCUGGUCGCUAAUAUUUUGUAGAUUUAUAUUACAGAAACUAAACAAACACAAUCUUGAGAUGUUUCUGAAUGCAAAAGGUGCUGUUUUUUUGGGAUUCCUGUUGUAUUUUGGAGACGCUUCAGAGCUACGUACCGCUUUACGAACUUGGAUGUACAUUCAAAAUAGAAUCAGUAGUAGUCUUUUCAUCAGUUAUGUCGACAAAUCGUUUCGGUGCGAGUGUUACAUGGGCGCAGAAUUUUAUAGUUAUAAUAAACGGUAUUUGUUCAGCAAGAUAUGGAAAAGUGCUCCACAGCAUUUGAAACGAUCGGCGAUCCAAAAUAUACUAUCAAACAGUCCAUAUCCUAGCAGUCCGGGGCACCCAUUCCAGCGUAAACAAGUGAAAUUUCUCUUCGUUCUAUUAUAGGAUGCUACUGUGGAAGAGAGAAACACAUUUUGGCGAGAACAUUGGCGUAAUUUUAUCCGUUGGUGUGGUGCAGAUAACCGUGAUUUCAUCGAAUUGAUGAAAUUGUGCUUACAAACAGUUAACGAAAUUGCGUUAUUUAAUAAAGCCACGAUGGCGAGGUAUGAAAAUAUAGCCGAGUACUGCGUCCCGUUGCUGAAAUCAGGCUCGUUUAAAGAAUUGAAUGACUUUUUGUCCGUUUGCUGCCCGGAUUUGCAAAAACGAAACGAGUUGAAACAGCGAUUAUUGAGGUCUAAUUAUGUCGAUCAAAAUUCUGUACUGACAACAAACGUAAUCAGUAACCAUAAAUUGCUGAAUGAGUUCGUCAACGAUGCUUUUCAAGAUGCUGCUGAUCUUGGCGUUGAAUUUAGAAACCAACUCGCAUCAUCACUUACAACCCAAAACUGUGUACUCGUAUGUAUUCGAGGGGGAAAUUUUGGCCCCGUGAUGGAGUUCGUCGAUAGUUUUUUUUCAGAUGAACAAGUAGUAGUAGUGCUUCUGAAAAAACGCUUAUUUGAGUGUUUCAAAGAUCAUUUAAUUAGUGGUAAAUGUUUUUACACAGAUAGUGUUUAUGUGCAAGGAUUUCUCAUUUGGUUGCUGGGUAGCGAAGGCGAAAUUAUCAGAUUCAAGCAAUCAAUAUCAGUUGAGGAUAUUUCUCGUAAGUUGUUACCAGAACAUCGUAGAAAAGAGCCGAGAGAAGUUGAUGAUACCAAUGAUUUCAAACCUGAAUUUCCUCUGAGGCUAGAUAAUUUUUUAAUGUGGUAUUUUAACAAUGACGAAGAAGAAAUCGACAAGUUUUUAAAACUAUUUUAUGGUGAAACGGCGUCGUUCGCUCCUAGAAAACGUAGAAGAAUGGAGUAUGCCUAAUUGUGGUCUAAUUCUUCGAAUCUGAACUUACUAUAUUCUUAAGUAUUCAGCUUUGUUGAAUAAUUAAUAUCGUUUGUUUUUAUUCUUACUAUGCACAUUGUACAUCUACAUACAUUGAUGAUAUUUUUAUGAAUUGUGAGUAGAUAACCUAAUAUUAAUUAUACCUAUUGAGAAGUAGGUACCUACCUGAUAAUAGUGAUAAUCGAUUGUAUCACUUGAGUGUUCUUACCUAAUAAACGUAUUGA